AUGGCGGACCAGGCAGACAGCGAAGUGAUCGGAUUCAGCGACAACAGAAUGGCCCAGCAGGCCGUGCGGUUCCACGGACCCGGACCGACGCCCGUGCCCGCCACCUCCGCCGCGCCGGCCGCCGCCCAGACACCUGUGUUGCGCGGCCCGCCGCCUCUACUCAGGCCGCCGCCGCCCCCCUUUGGAAUGAUGAGGGGGCCGCCGCCGACUCGCCCCCCGUUUCCGCGGCCACCCUUUGACCCCAGCAUGCCCCCCAUCCCGCCACCGGGAGGCAUGCCGCCCCCCAUGGGACCGCCCCACCUGCAGAGACCCCCGUUUCUUCCACCUCCCAUGGGCAACCUUCCGCCCCCUCCAGGGAUGCUCUUCCCUCCUGGGAUGCCCCCAGUUCCUACUUCCGGAAACCCCGCGGUGAACUUGACCGAGGAGAUCUGGGUCGAGAACAAGACGCCCGAGGGGAAAGCUUAUUACUACAACGCUCGCACCAGAGAGUCGGCAUGGACCAAACCGGAGGGCGUGAAAAUCAUCCAGCAGGCAGAGCUCAACCCUCUACUGGUGGCUGGGGCCGGCACCGCCGCGGGCACCGGCGUCGGGGCCGCCAGCGCGGGGGGCGCCACGGCCACCGGAUCCAGCGGCAUCAAUACCACGGCCGGCGCGGCCGUCUCGCCUGUCACUGCCCCAUCCAGCGCCCCCGCCCGCACGCUCAGCUCCAGUCCGGAAUGCACCACCACCUUGGCACCCUCUGUCACCAUAGCAGCCAACGCGGUAGCCGACCUCGCCCCCGCGGCCAGCUCGUCCGCGGCCGUGUCUACGGUCAGCGUGGUGACGGUGUCCACGGUGCCCUCCACCGUCACGGCGGUGCAGACGGUCCCGCUGCUGCCCGCCACCCUGCCUCAUAGCGUGGCCCAGCCCACCGCCGCCAUCCCCGCCUUCCCGCCCGUCAUGGUGCCACCCUUCCGGGUGCCCCUGCCGGGCAUGCACAUCCCUCUGCCAGGUGUAGCAAUGAUGCAGAUAGUAGGCGCUCCCUGCGUAAAGGCGGGCCCCGCCGCCAAUGGAAUGCUGCCCAGCAUGGGCCCGUCUCUGGUGUCCAUGAUGCACCCUCAGUUGGCGUUGUCGGCAGCGCCCGCCUCCGUGGCCGCCGCGCUGCAACUGCCCGAGUGGUCCGAGUACAAGACGGUAGACGGCAAGACGUACUACUACAACAACCGCACCCUGGAGUCCACCUGGGAGAAGCCGCAGGCCGUGCUGGACAGAGAAAAGGAAGCAGAAAAGACCAAGGAGCGUCUGGCGCAGGAGGAAGCGGAGGCCAUGGAGAUGGAGGAAGAGGAGAACAAAAUCCUCAACAUGAACAAUGAAAAGCAGGAGCGCAAAGAAGAAGAAAUGAGCGAAGAAGAGAAGGCGGCCCAGAAAGCUCGCCCGGUGGCCACCAAUCCCAUCCCGGGCACGCCGUGGUGCGUGGUGUGGACGGGCGACGAGCGCGUCUUCUUCUACAACCCUACCACGCGCCUGUCCAUGUGGGACCGGCCCGACGAGCUGGUGGGCCGCGCCGACGUCGACAAACACAUCCAGGAGCCCCCGCACAAGCGGGGCCUCGACGACGCCAGAAGGACAGUUUUCAGCAAGGAGGAUAACGAGCUGGCCCUCGCCACGGACGACGCUCACGAUGAGGAGCCCUCCAAAGCCAAGAAGAGAAAACACACACAUUGGUUUCUCUUACACAGGAAGGAGGAUGUGAGCGAAGCGGACUCUGAGAAGGAAGCGGUGAUGGAAGCGGAGCUGAGGGCGGCCCGGGAGAGAGCCCUGGUCCCGCUCGAGUCCAGGAUGACGCAGUUCAAAGACAUGCUGCUGGAGAGAGGGGUGUCUGCUUUCUCCACGUGGGACAAAGAGCUUCACAAGAUUGUCUUCGACCCUCGAUACCUUCUGCUCAACCCCAAAGAACGCAAGCAGGUGUUCGACCAGUACGUGAAGACGAGAGCGGAGGAGGAGAGGAAGGAGAAGAAGAACAAGCUGAUGCAGGCCAAAGACGAAUUCAGGAAGAUGAUGGACGCCGCCAAGUUGACGGCCAGGACCACCUUCAGCGAGUUUGCCGUCAAGCACGGCCGAGACCCUCGCUUCAAGAGCAUCGACAAGAUGAAGGACAGGGAAGCCAUCUUCGUGGAGCACAUGACGGCCCUGAGGAAGAGGGACAAAGAUGACUCCAAGUCCCGAGGGGAGAAGGUAAGGCAGGACUUCUUCGAGAUGCUGAGCGACCAGCACGUGGAAGGCGGGCAGCGCUGGAGCAAAGUCAAGGAGAGGAUGGAGACGGACCCCCGCUACAAGGCGGUGGACAGCUCCGCCCUCAGGGAGGAGUUCUUCAAGCAGUACCUGGACAAGCAGGCCAAGAGCCUGGACUUGGAGAAGGAGCGUGAGCUGGAGCGUCAGGCGCGGAUCGAGGCCAGCCUGAGGGAACGCGAGCGAGAGGUCCAGAAGGCCCGAUCGGAACAGACCAAAGAGAUAGACCGCGAGAGAGAGCAGCACAAGCGGGAAGAAGCCAUCCAGCACUUCAAAGCGCUCAUGUCCGACAUGGUGCGCUCACCGGACGCGACGUGGUCGGACACGCGGCGGAACCUUCGCAAAGACCACCGCUGGGAGUCGGCGUCGCUGCUGGAGCGCGAGGAGAAGGAGAAGCUCUUCAACGACCACGUGGAGGCGCUAGCCAAGAAGAAGAAGGAGCACUUCAGGCAGCUCCUGGACGAGACCACCACGAUCACGCUGACCACCACCUGGAAGGAGGUCAAGAAGGUCAUCAAGGAGGACCCUCGAUGUAUCAAGUUCUCCUCCAGUGACAGAAAGCGACAGCGCGAGUUUGAGGACUACAUCAAAGACAAAUACAUCACCGCCAAAGCCGACUUCAGAACCCUCCUGAAGGAGACGAAGUUCAUCACGUACAGGUCCCGGAAGCUGAUCCAGGAGUCGGAGCAGCACCUGAAAGACGUGGAGAAGAUCCUGCAGAACGACAAGCGCUACCUGGUGCUGGAGUGCGUCCCCGAGGAACGCCGCAAGCUCAUCAUGUUCUACAUCGAGGACCUGGACCGCCGCGGCCCGCCCCCUCCCCCCACCGCCUCGGAGCCCACGCGCCGCUCCACCAAGUGACCCCGCGGGCCAACCAACCCGCACACCACCCCCACCCCACCCCCCUCUGCCAGAGCGCACCCCUCCUCCUCCUCCCCCCAUCGCCGUCGGGCCGCGCAGGUUGCAAACGGGUGGAAAGGUUUCCCGAAAUUUCCGUGGGAUGUUAGGCCGGCAGUUUGGGAAGGACACAAUUCGCAGUUGUAAACUUCCUGUGGGAAUUGAUAGGAAUUACUGGGAACAUCAUGGAAAGGAUCACAUUCAAAUAUUUUGUUUUGUCAUAAAAUAGAUGCAGAAUAGUAGAUGGCUCUCCUUGCCCACAUGCGAGGGCAUUACAGUAACUUAACUGCUCCUUUGCGGCAAAACUAAAGCUUGCACGCAACACAAAACAAAAACAAAAUCCGCCAAGUGACAACUCGUAACUGUAAAAUGUGCUAAUUGGGGCACACGUAAGUCAAGGUAUCACUGUACUGAAUUUGCAUGUAAUCUGCUUGUUGUCGUCAGGAUUACGGCAAAAUAUAUUUUCUGCAACAGUCUUUAAAUUCCCUAUUAAGAAACAACCUUCCAUAAAUUCCCAUGGAAAGUUUCCAUCUUUGAAAAUUCCCGGAGUUUUGCAAGCCUACUGGGAGCUUGUCCAUGUAAAGACGGAGACCCCCCCGGGGCACCUUUGACCCCUCACCUCUGCCUUGAGGGAUGACGACGACGAUGAAGAGGCUGCGUCCGAUUCUGCAGCCGCUGGUGUACGAUAGCUCAUGUAAAUCAUCUUUAGUGAAGUUUGUGUGCGUGCGUGUCGGAGGCGAGCCCGGGCCUUAACGGCGCUGCCCCCGCCGCCAUCUGGAUUGUUCCCCAACUUUGUCUUCACGUCCUAAUAAACGCAACUUCUCGUCUUUUUCAA